CAUCCUUGUCAUCGAUGCACCGGGAGCCGUUCUGUCAAACAAUAGAAGCGAACCGUGUCCGUCGUGCCGUGACAGCGAGUUAAUCCCGUCGUCGUUGGGGGCAUGGGAGACGGCAAGGAGGGCGAGCGGCAGCCGCUGCUGAAGAACGAGAACGUCACGUAUAGCUCGCACGGCAACGAUGCCGUCGGCGAUGCGAUCGACGAGACGCAGUCGACGGUGCACACCGUCUCCACGAUCGGGCCGGACGAGCUGCCGCCGCCGUACCAGUCCGCGAUCCAGGGCGGCAUGCCGAUGGUCACCUGCAGGGUUUGCCAGGCGAUGAUAGACAUUUCCGGCAAGAGGGAUCAGCACGUCGUUAAGUGUUGUCAGUGUAACGAGGCCACGCCGAUACGAAAUGCCCCACCCGGAAAGAAGUACGUACGAUGUCCGUGCAAUUGUCUGCUCAUAUGUAAGAGCUCCUCGCAGCGUAUCGCCUGCCCCAGGCCAAAUUGUAAACGUAUUAUCAAUCUGGCACCGAGCCCCAUUACGCCGCCGGUUCUGUCAAUGCCGGGCAUGUGCAGGGUGGGAUGUGCCCAUUGCCAUGACACAUUCUUGUUUAACACGUUAAAUAACGCUUUGGCUCGAUGUCCACAUUGCCGUAAGAUAUCUUCCGUUGGUCCAGACUUUGCUAGAGGAAGAGGGAUUGUAUUCAUUAUCGUCGGGAUUAUAGCCUUAGUAAUUGCUAUAGCUGUAACGGUCGGGACCUAUAAAUAUGUAAAAACAAACGGAGGAAUUUAUGUAGCUUAUAUUGGUGCAUUUCUAUUGGCGCUCUUAUGCCUGGGUCGCAGCAUUUAUUACUGUACGAUGAAGAUCAGUUUGAUAGAGGGUCCCAUGUAGUCUCCCAAACAGCAGUGAGCAACCGGUAAUAUAAAUCGAAACCCACUGAGAGAUGAAUGUCAUGUAAUCUAUUUAGAACAAAAUGUUUAUAGCAAUGUGACAUUUCAAGCCCUUUUGAGGCAAGAACGAGUAUAUAGGUAUAUUAUACACAUGGCCAUAUGUGCGUAUGCAGAUCUGUAUUGUUUAUUAUAAUGCAUGUAUACAUUCUUAUAUAAUACGCAUACACAUAUGAAUGUGUUUCGCGAUCGGGAAGAAAGCAAACGUUUGCGAGGCUUUCCUCAGGUAAGCUAACGAUCGUAGGAAAUCUCUCUCGGGAAGCCUGUAUUUUACGAAGAAUAAAUUGUUCCUAUGCACUUUUAUAUGUGCAAGCAUAGGAGCAAUAGCUAUGGGCUCUCGCGAGUUUUAUUUUACCUACUGACUAGAGAAUACGCUCUAUAUUCAAAUAUACGUACACACAUGCUUUCUAUAACACAUUACGCGUAUUAAGUGCACACAGAUGGAAUCAAAGUGCAAAUGUGCUCAUAAUAUUCCAAUCGUACGUACGAAGUAAGUUUUAAAACCCAUAUACGGGUCUGUACGAAUCUGUUUUUUAAAUUUAUUCCUAUAUUCUAUAUAAAAGCAUCUGUAUUAAGAGCAUAAAAAAAUCGCAUUGUUUCAAAUAAAUUUCUGGGUUUAUAUCGAUUUUGUAGCAACACAUGAAUGAAACUACGUGGGAGAUACUAAUGUAUAUAUUAAUAAUAUAAAUAAUGCACUUAGUGAGAUAAAAAUCCAAAUAUAGAAUUUCCCUGGUUAUUACGUGAAGAAUACUGUAAGAUGUUUUGAGUUUUCGCUGUAAAGUACACGUGAUAUCAUCGGUCAUGAAAUAUAGUCUUAUUGAUUAGGUUUUCGUGUCAUAUACCUUUUAUAAUCUGCAAUACUCUUUCAAAAUGCAACUUCUUUCUAGGCAACUCUUUCUAAACAACUAUUCUCAACUCUAUACAUAUAAGUUUCCUUAUCACAUAAUGGAGGAUAUGUUAUACUACUUGUUGAAAAAAUAAAUUCCGUUUGGUAAAAAACUAA